AUGGAGAGCCUCCCCUCGGAUCCUCGCACCCCUUGUCCAUCGGACAGCCCCCGCCCCUUUCCCCAGCCCGUGCCCUUUCCUUCAGCUCCCCGUCACUCCGCUGCCCUCGACCCCCCUGACCCCCCAGCGGAGCCCUCCUUCCCCAGUGCCAUCCCCUCCCUCUUCCAGCCCGCGCCCCUCCCGGGCCCUUUCAUUCCCCUGCACCCCUCCCCACCCCCUCCUGUGCCCCCUAUCCCCGGGGCUGUCACCUGCACGGAGCGGGCAGUGACUGAGUGUCGAGACCAUCAGGUGGACCUGGUGCCCUGCACCAACCUUUACCAUUACCGGCACCAGGGCUGGCGGCUGGACCUGUCCUGGAGUGGACAUGUGGGGCUCUGUCCCAUCUACAAGCCCCCAGAAAUUUGGCCUGCUGCAUGGAACUGGACAGUGAGGGCUUGCUGCCCAGGCUGGGGGGGCACACACUGCACCCUGGCCCUUGCAGAAGCCAGCCAAGAGGGUCACUGCUUUGCCAUGUGGCAGCGCCAGCCUCGAGCAGGCUCAGCGAAUGCUUCUGCAGGAAGCCUGGAGGAGUGCUGUGCCCAACCUUGGGGACACAGCUGGCAGGAUGGCCGCUUCCAGGCCUGCCUCAGCUGCUCCAGCCAACAGCUGCCAGGUGGCACCCCCUCUCCAGCACUCCUGCAGCCGCUGGCAGGAGCUGUGGCCCAACUCUGGGGACAGCGCCAGCGUCCCUCGACCACCUGUGCCACGUGGUCCGGCUUCCACUACCGCACCUUUGACGGGCGCCACUACGACUUCCUGGGCCGCUGCACCUACCUGCUGGCGGGAGCUGCUGAUUCUACCUGAGCUGUCUACCUUGAGCCCAGAGGCCAUUGUCCCCAGCCUGGGCACUGUCCGCUGGCCCGGGGGAUGAUGGGAACCGAAGAAGUGCUGAUCCAGGGUGGAAAUGUCUCUGUGAACCGGCAGCUGGUACCAGAUGGGGAGUCUCGGCUGCUCCCUGGGCUGAGUCUGCAGUGGCAAGGGGGCUGGCUGGUGCGGUCAGGGGCUUUGGGGGUCAUUGUACGGCUGGACAGAUCCAAUUUGAUCUCCAUUUCCGUAGACCACAAGCUCCAUGGAGAGACUCAAGGCCUCAGUGGGGUCUACGAUGGCCGGCCUGAGGAUGACUUCUUGGAGCCAGGUGGGGCGCUGGCUGCGUUAAUUGCCACCGUUGGGAAUUCCUGGAUGCUCCCUGAGUCAGAGCCUGGGUGUCUGGAUGCAGUGGAGGCAGCCCAGGGCUGUGAGGACCCCCUGAAGGGCACAGAGGCAGGUGUGGAGUCUGGCCAGCUGUAGGCUGAAGCCCAGGAUGUGUGCCACCAGCUGCUGGAUGGUCCCUUCAGGGAAUGCCGU